UCAAAACUAAUUAAUUAUUUCAAUUAUCAACUGUUUAUUAAUUUCCUCUUUCGUUUAAAAUUAUUGGUAGAAACCAACAUGUUUGGUAUGUGAAUAUUCUGAAAUGAAAUCUCCAUUCUUGCUUUAAAAUAAAUAUGUUAGGUGAUCUAAUGAGAGAAUUAGAAUUCUUUAUAAGCACGAACAUGCAUCUAAUCCCCAGCAGCUUGAGAAAUGGGAAAUAUUAAUGUAUUAAUGAGUGCAACACUUGUGUUGCUCCAUUGCUUAAGAUGUUCAGCAAGUGUUUACACGGUGGGCGACAGCUCCGGCUGGGAUAUCAGCACCGACCUCGACUCAUGGUCCAACGACAAGACUUUCUCCACCGCCGACACCUUACUGUUCCAGUAUUCGCAGUACCAUUCGGUGAGCGAGGUGAGCGAGGCGAACUACAAGGUGUGCAACAUGACGAACGCGCUACAGUCGAGUAGCAACGGGAACACGACGUUCGCCCUGACCACCCCGGGCGACCGCUACUUCGUCUGCGGCAACAGGCUGCAUUGCCUCGGCGGGAUGAAGCUUCACGUCCACGUCGUCGAGAACCAGACGGUGGCGGGGCCCGCCGGGGCUCCCCAGGCGCAACCGGGGGGAUCCCUGCCGCCCGGAUCAUCCAAGACCAACGGUCCCUCCAAUUCAGUUUCUUUUGUUAACCCCACCGCACUAGAAGCUCUUCUCCUUCCGUUUUUCGCCUCACUUUUUAUCUUUUUCUCGUGAUUUUUUGGAGUUGGGGGAUUAAUGUAUAAACAUGAAAUUUGAGGAUGUUGAUGAUUUGGUUUUGUUUUGAGUUUUCAAUGUUUGUGAUGUUUCACUUCAUAUAUAUCCAUUUACUUGAUGAGGAA